UCGUUUUUUCCUCGCCUCAUCUCCAAAUUUUUCCCUUUCCCCAUUUUGCAAAUGCCGUCACCCUCUGAAACUAUAUUUGCUGUCAAAAUUUUCCAAACCCUAGCAAAACUACUCAUAUUCGCUACCAAACAAAAUUCUGAUCCAGUAUAUACGUUGAUUUUGCUGAGUUCCUGCUAGCCGUGGCCUAAUGAACGACUUUCGCUCUUCAUCGUCGUCGUCUUCUUCCUCCUAUGACUCCGCCGUCGGACCACCGCAAGCGAUAUAUGAACAAGUGCAGGAUGUAACUGUACUCUUUCCCUCCCCAGUUUUUUUCUUGCUUAUGUGGAUAACAUUAUAAAUGGGACUGCAGAAUGUCAUGGGGAGUCAGUCAUCUUCUCAAGGAAUCUCCCAAAUAGUGUCUCGUUACUGGCGGGAUGUGUUCUGGUUGGUGAUAUUUAUAGCGCAUUUGGUUGUGGUAGGUUUUGCUCUCGGGGUUUUUGGGCUAAAUAGGUUUAAGCAAUUGGAUAGGCUAAAUAUUGAUAAAUACACAAUGGGAUUUCUCGAGAAUAAGGAUGGUUUAACUGAAGACUACUGGCCAUUGUAUGCCGUGGCUGGUGGAGUUGGUGCAGUUUUGGGGUGGACUUGGUUAUUCUUGCUCGGUUCACGUGCUACUCAAAUGAUGAAGUUCUCAGUGCACAUAUUGACUACAUAUCUUGCUGUCAUCAGUGUUCUGUGUUUCUGGAUCGAGCAGUUCUUCUGGGGUGUUGCAUUUGCUAUUGGUGCUGCAUUGCAAUUCCUGUAUGUCAUCUCUGUUAUUGACAGGCUCCCGUUUACCAUGCUGGUACUACAAAGAGCAGUACAAAUGGUCUGGGACCUUCCUGAGAUCACAAGAGUAGCUAGCCUUUUCAUGCUUGUAAUGCUUUUGUGGCUAGCCCUGUGGUCUUUUGGUGCAGCUGGGGUUGUUGCUUUAGGCAUUGGGGAUAGUGGUCUCUGGUGGCUUCUUGUGGUUCUGUCAGUGAGUUUGUUUUGGACUGGUGCAGUUCUCUGUAAUAUUGUCCACGUUGUUGUUUCGGGUAUGGUUUUUCUUGUUCUUAUCCAUGGUGGUCGAGAAGCAUCAUCAAUGCCUCCCAAACUAGUUAUGAGUUCGUUGCAACAUGCUGUCACUACUUCUUUUGGCAGUAUAUGCUACGGUUCACUUUUUACUGCUGCUAUUCGAACCCUACGGUGGGAGAUCAGAGGAUUGCGGUCAAAAAUUGGCAACAAUGAGUGUCUGCUCUGCUGUGUUGAUUUUUUGUUCCAUUUAGUAGAGUUUCUGGUUCGCUGGUUCAAUAAGUAUGCUUAUGUCCAGAUUGGUGUUUACGGGAAAAGCUUUAAUCACUCAGCGAAAGAUGCGUGGGAGUUGUUCCAGUCCACCGGUGUGGAGGCACUUAUAGCAUACGAUUGUUCAGGUGCUGUUUUGUUCAUGGGCACAGUGUUAGGUGGGCUGAUAUCAGGAACAUGUGCAGCAAUCUGGACCAGGAUCAAGCAUCCUGAGAGGGUGGUUAUGGUGGGCUCUACUGCCAUGUUGAUGGGUAUGAUCUUGGUUGGACUGGCCAUGGUGGUCGUGGAAAGUGCAGUUACAUCGAUUUAUAUCUGUUAUGCAGAAGAUCCUUCGUUGAUAAGCAGGUGGGAUGCAGCAUUCUUCGCCCAGAUAUCGGAAAAACUACAUCAACGCCUGCAGCACAGAAGUGCUCGUGCCAGACAAGUAUUAGCAAAUAGAAUAGACCAAAUACAGGAAGAAGCAGGACUUGCUUGACUUGAUUUUAUAUGAAAUUAUACUAUGUAUCUAAAUAUGGCUUCAUGUAACUGAUCACCGAAGUUGUAUAAAAUGUUGUCACAUUAUUUCCCUGUUUUCUUAAAAUAGCAUAGCAUAAUGAAUUCGGUUGGGUAA